UUAAAGUCUACAAGAAGUAAGUGAAAUCCCAAGUUGCAGAAGCGCGCGCUCUGAUUUGGUUGUUUACCAUCAAUCAGACGGUUGCUUGGCAGACACUGGAUGGUUAUGAGCCUGAACAAGCUGAAAGGGGCAGGAAAAGAAGUGGAGGCAGCAUUCUUCCUAUUUAAAGCUGCAUCGCUUGAAAAAAGUUUUCGCAGACUGUGCCGGAGCUGGUGCUGAAACAGGCUGAGGCGGCCUGGGGGCUGGUGCUGAAAAAGAGCCCUCAGCGGAAUCCAUGGUGCUACAGUGACCUCAGUAUCUACUCUUCGUUCCCAGGACCCACAUGUCUCAUAUUUAGACGUGAUGGCAAACUGGGUGGUAGCAAGACCUCUCCUCAUUCUCACUGUUUUAUUAGGGCACUGUGUCUCAAUAAAAGCCCAGGAACAAGAGAAUGAUGAAUAUGAUGAAGAAAUAGCCUGUACUCAAGGUGGCCAGAUGUAUUUAAAUAGAGACAUUUGGAAACCUUCUCCAUGUCAGAUCUGUGUCUGUGACAAUGGUGCCAUUCUCUGUGACAAGAUAGAGUGCCCCGAAGUGCUCACCUGUGCCAAUCCUAUAACGCCUGCUGGGGAAUGCUGUCCAGUAUGUCCACAGACACCUGGAGGUGGAGAUCCCAGUUUUGGUAGAGGAAGAAAGGGACAAAAAGGAGAGCCAGGAUUAGUGCCUGUUGUAACGGGCAUACGCGGUCGUCCAGGACCUGCAGGUCCUCCAGGAUCACAAGGACCAAGAGGGGACCGAGGCCCCAAAGGAAGACCUGGUCCUCGUGGUCCUCAGGGAAUUGAUGGAGAGCCCGGUGUUCCUGGUCAGCCAGGUGCCCCCGGGCCUCCUGGACAUCCCUCUCACCCGGGACCUGAUGGCAUGAGCAGGCCCUUUUCGGCUCAGAUGGCUGGGUUGGAUGAAAAAUCUGGACUUGGGAGUCAAGUAGGACUCAUGCCUGGCUCUGUGGGUCCUGUUGGCCCAAGGGGACCUCAAGGUUUACAAGGACAGCAAGGUGGCGUGGGGCCAACAGGACCUCCGGGUGAGCCUGGUGAGCCUGGACCAAUGGGCCCAAUUGGUGCUCGUGGACCUGAGGGGCCACCUGGGAAGCCAGGAGAAGAUGGUGAACCUGGAAGAAAUGGCAAUACUGGCGAAGUGGGAUUUUCAGGGUCACCGGGUGCUCGAGGCUUCCCUGGUGCUCCUGGUCUCCCAGGCCUGAAAGGUCACAGAGGACACAAAGGUCUUGAAGGCCCCAAAGGUGAAGUUGGAGCAACUGGUGCCAAGGGUGAAGCUGGUCCCACUGGUCCAAUGGGUGCCAUGGGCCCUCUGGGACCAAGAGGAAUGCCAGGAGAGAGAGGAAGACUAGGUCCACAGGGUGCCCCUGGACAAAGAGGUGCCCAUGGUAUGCCUGGAAAACCUGGACCAAUGGGUCCUCUCGGGAUACCUGGCUCUGCUGGUUUUCCAGGAAAUCCUGGAAUGAAGGGAGAAGCAGGUCCAACUGGGGCCCGAGGCCCUGAAGGUCCUCAGGGGCAGAGAGGUGAAACUGGUCCCCCUGGUCCAGCUGGCUCCCAUGGUCUUCCUGGUGCAGUGGGAACUGACGGUACACCUGGUGCCAAAGGCCCCACGGGCUCUGCUGGAACCUCUGGUCCUCCUGGCUUGUCUGGGCCUCCUGGAUCUCCUGGCCCUCAGGGCAGCACGGGACCUCAGGGAAUCCGAGGACAACCGGGUGAUCCAGGAGUUCCAGGUUUCAAAGGAGAAGCUGGUCCAAAGGGAGAACCAGGGCCACAUGGUGUCCAGGGUCCCAUAGGCCCACCUGGUGAAGAAGGCAAAAGAGGUCCUCGAGGUGACCCAGGCACAGUUGGUCCUCCAGGCCCAAUGGGAGAAAGGGGUGCUCCUGGCAAUCGUGGUUUUCCAGGGUCUGAUGGUUUACCAGGGCCAAAGGGUGCACAGGGAGAGCGAGGUCCUGUAGGUUCAUCGGGACCUAAAGGAGGUCAGGGAGACCCAGGACGUCCAGGUGAACCUGGACUGCCAGGUGCUCGGGGCCUUACAGGAAACCCUGGUGUUCAAGGUCCUGAGGGAAAACUUGGGCCUUUGGGUGCUCCUGGGGAAGAUGGCCGGCCGGGUCCUCCAGGCUCAGUUGGCAUCAGAGGACAGCCUGGAAGCAUGGGCCUUCCAGGCCCCAAAGGUAGCAGUGGUGACCUUGGAAAACCAGGAGAAGCAGGGAAUGCUGGCGUUCCUGGACAAAGGGGGGCUCCUGGAAAAGAUGGAGAAGUUGGUCCUUCAGGCCCCGUGGGGCCUCCGGGCCUAGCUGGGGAAAGAGGAGAGCAGGGACCUCCAGGCCCUACUGGCUUUCAGGGGCUUCCUGGGCCUCCAGGACCUCCAGGAGAAGGUGGAAAGUCAGGUGAUCAAGGUGUUCCUGGAGAGCCUGGAGCAGUUGGUCCUUUAGGACCUCGGGGAGAAAGAGGGAAUCCUGGAGAAAGAGGAGAACCAGGAAUAACCGGGCUGCCUGGGGAGAAAGGCAUGGCUGGAGGACAUGGCCCUGAUGGUCCAAAGGGCAAUCCAGGUCCCACUGGGACCAUUGGAGACACAGGGCCACCAGGUCUUCAAGGCAUGCCAGGAGAAAGAGGAAUUGCAGGAACACCUGGCCCCAAGGGUGACAGGGGUGGCAUAGGAGAGAAAGGUGCUGAAGGAACUGCUGGAAAUGAUGGAGCAAGGGGUCUUCCAGGUCCCUUGGGGCCACCAGGUCCUGCAGGGCCUACUGGAGAAAAGGGUGAACCUGGUCCUCGAGGUUUAGUUGGUCCUCCUGGCUCUCGUGGCAAUCCUGGUUCUCGUGGUGAAAAUGGUCCAACUGGAGCUGUUGGUUUUGCUGGACCCCAGGGUCCUGAUGGACAACCUGGAGUCAAGGGAGAACCUGGAGAGCCGGGGCAGAAGGGAGAUGCUGGGUCUCCUGGACCACAAGGGCUAGCAGGAUCACCUGGCCCUCAUGGUCCGCAUGGCGUUCCUGGACUGAAAGGUGGUCGGGGAACCCAGGGUCCGCCUGGUGCUACAGGAUUUCCUGGUUCUGCAGGCAGAGUUGGGCCCCCAGGCCCUGCUGGAGCUCCAGGACCCGCGGGGCCCAUAGGGGAGCCUGGGAAAGAGGGACCUCCUGGUCUUCGUGGAGAUCCUGGCUCUCAUGGGCGAGUAGGUGAUAGAGGACCAGCUGGCCCACCUGGUGGCCCAGGAGACAAAGGAGACCCAGGAGAAGAUGGACAGCCUGGUCCAGAUGGUCCUCCUGGUCCGGCUGGUACCACUGGGCAAAGAGGGAUUGUAGGAAUGCCUGGACAACGUGGAGAGCGAGGCAUGCCUGGUCUUCCUGGCCCAGCGGGCACACCAGGAAAAGUAGGACCAACUGGUGCUACAGGAGAUAAAGGUCCCCCUGGACCUGUAGGACCCCCAGGCUCCAAUGGUCCUGUAGGAGAACCAGGGCCAGAAGGUCCAGCUGGUAAUGAUGGUACCCCAGGACGGGAUGGUGCAGUUGGAGAACGGGGUGACCGUGGAGACCCUGGGCCUGCAGGUCUGCCAGGCUCUCAGGGUGCCCCUGGGACUCCUGGGCCUGUUGGUGCACCAGGAGAUGCGGGACAAAGAGGAGAUCCUGGUUCUCGAGGCCCUGUAGGACCACCUGGCCGAGCUGGAAAACGUGGUUUACCUGGACCCCAAGGACCUCGAGGUGACAAGGGUGAUAAUGGAGACAGAGGUGACCGAGGUCAGAAAGGUCACAGAGGCUUCACGGGCCUUCAGGGUCUCCCUGGCCCUCCUGGUCCAAAUGGUGAACAAGGAAGUGCUGGGAUCCCUGGUCCUUUUGGCCCAAGAGGUCCUCCAGGACCAGUAGGUCCUUCAGGCAAAGAAGGAAACCCUGGGCCACUUGGACCCAUUGGACCUCCUGGUGUGCGGGGAAGUGUAGGAGAAGCAGGACCAGAGGGUCCUCCCGGUGAACCUGGACCCCCUGGUCCUCCAGGUCCCCCGGGUCAUCUUACUGCUGCCCUUGGUGACAUCAUGGGCCACUAUGAUGAGAAUAUGCCAGAUCCACUUCCAGAGUUUACUGAAGACCAGGCGGCUCCUGAUGACACAAACAAAACUGACCCUGGGGUCCAUGCUACCCUGAAGUCCCUCAGUAGUCAGAUUGAAACCAUGCGUAGCCCUGAUGGUUCCAAGAAGCACCCAGCGCGGACUUGUGAUGACUUAAAGCUUUGCCAUUCCACCAAGCAGAGUGGUGAAUAUUGGAUUGAUCCUAACCAGGGAUCUUCUGAAGAUGCAAUCAAAGUUUACUGUAAUAUGGAAACAGGAGAGACAUGUAUUUCUGCAAACCCAGCCAGCAUUCCACUUAAAACCUGGUGGGCCAGCAAGUCUCCCGACAGUAAGCCUGUGUGGUAUGGUCUCGACAUGAACAGAGGAUCUCAGUUCACAUAUGGAGAUUAUCAGUCACCUAAUACAGCCAUCACUCAGAUGACCUUCCUACGCCUCUUAUCCAAAGAAGCCUCCCAGAACAUCACCUAUGUCUGUAGGAACACUGUGGGAUACAUGGAUGACCAAGCCAAAAACCUCAAGAAAGCUGUGGUGCUCAAAGGGUCAAAUGACUUAGAAAUCAAAGGAGAAGGAAAUAUUCGAUUCAGAUACACAGUUCUUCAAGACACUUGUUCCAAGCGUAAUGGAAAUGUGGGCAAGACCAUCUUUGAAUACAGAACACAGAACGUGGCCCGCUUGCCCAUCAUAGAUCUUGCUCCCGUGGAUAUUGGCAACACAGACCAGGAAUUUGGCAUUGAAGUUGGGCCAGUUUGUUUCAUGUAACAGAAGCCCAAAAGCAUCGACACUGCCAUCAGUGACCACCACCAUGACACUGAGCACUGCCAUCAAUGACCACCACCAUUCACAAGAACUUUGCCUGUUUGAGGUUGAUCCUGAGACUCUUGAAGUGAUGUCUGGUCCUGCACCAGCUUUGUACAUAUGGUCUGAAGUGCCUGGCCUCCUUAAUUCUUCAGAAUAUUUAUUUUACUUACAAUCCUCAAGUUCAAUUGACUUAAACUAUUUUUCAAUACGGCAGUUUAAAUUUAAGAUGACCAAUGACAAUGACCACCUUUACCAAAAAGUAAACUGAUUAAAAAAUAAACAUGUUUUCAUCAAUUCACUUCACUGUAAUGAAUGGGUUGCUUAGUAUUUAUGAGGAAACUCUUCUUCCUAGCAGGUAGCUUACAGAUCGGAGUGAGUAAAGCCUCAGCACAUGUUGACUUUGCUUAACUGCAGUCUGGAAAGCAGAGAACAGUGGCCUUCUGUGUCCUCUUAUUCCCAUAUCAUCAAUGGAAAACAAAUGCAAAGUAUUUCACUUUGUGGCUGAAGCUCUCAUGCAUGUCUUGAUAUUGUACUACAAUUAUAGAAAUUCUUUAAGGAGAAUAUAAUGUAUCAUCUUUCCACUUUCUUAAAUGAAAUAUUUAAACAACACACAGUCACUGAAUUUCAGGAGGAAAAGAAACUCAUAAAAGUGCUUCGAUUUGCCAAUCUGUGUUGUAAAAAUUGAUACAUUUAGAUUUUUUCUUAUUUCAAAUUUAAGAGUAACAUUUUCCUAUUUGUUGUAAUCUUUCAAUACAGGUAGAAGUUGUAUUUGUGAUUUGUGCUUAGUUUUUAAGAAGAUAUUGAAUGCAAAAAAAACACAAACAAACACAAAACGAUUACCUACAUCACUUUCUAAACACACCCAGUAACUGAAGUUGAGACUCCCUAACAGAUACCAUCUCAUUUUCCUGAAGCCUAUCAUAAAGGAAAGGUCUAGAAACCCCGAGUUAUGAUGAUCCCUCGAAUCAAAUGUGAGGAUUUGAAUAAGAACAUUCAUAAGAAAAUAUGACCCCACAUUUCUUAGCAUGAGCUACCUCAUCUUUAGAAGCUGGGAUAGACUUCCUGUUCUUGUUUAUACCUUAGAUAUUGAAAGGUGCUGUGUUUCUGUUGUUAUUCCAAGACUGGGGAUAGGCAGGGCUGAAAUACUAUUACUUUUCUUUUAAUGAUGGUGCUAAAAUUAUUUCAAUAAAAUUCUUUAAAAUUAAAGAUGAUUUCAUCAAUGCCAUUUGUGAACAUAGAACUGUUAAACAUCCCAUUUCUGAGAGACAGAACAUUGUUCACAGUCCUGUUGACAGUUCCCCUCAUACUAUUUUUGGAAUGCUUUGUAUUAAUUGCAUGUGUCUUAGUCCAGUAUACACAGGUUCCCUUGUGUCUCAAAGUAUUUUUUUCUUAAUUGUGUUUUUUUCCUCCAUUGUUAUUUCUUACUUAAAAAUUAAUAGUUUGGGCCUUUCCAAAGGACAAGCCACGCACACAGCUUUGGUCAUGUAUCUCUGCAAAGCAAGGAAUUAAAUGCAUGCUUCUGUCAUGUCA